GGAAUUAAGUACAGUCGGAUCAAGUCGGAUUUCAAUCUUCGGACUUCGUUGUUAGGUUAAAUUUUACUUAACCCUAAAUCCGUGAUAUCCGACGAGAGAACGAAACAUUUUUCGAAUCACGCAGUUCUCAUACUGUCAUCAUCUUGUUCGUGAUACGUGCAACGUGUAUGACUCCGCAUUGAUACAUAUAUGUGCCUAAUCGAGAAAUAUGGCUUCGAAAGAAAGUAACUUACCCGCUUUGUACACCGAAUUAUAUAAAUUUGGACAAAAUGGGGAAUAUGAGAGGGCUUUAAAAACCGCAAAUAGAAUAUUAGGUAUCUCCCAAGAUGAAGAAGCAGCGGUUCAUUGCAAAAUUAUUUGCUACAUCCAGCUGUCCAAAUUCAACGAUGCAUUACAAACUAUUGUCAAAACCCCAAAAUUGGCAACGAACUUGGAAUUUGAAAAAGGAUAUUGCCUCUAUCGUUUAAAUCAAGUUCAUGAAGCAUUAAAAGUGAUAGAAAAUGUGCAGAACCCUUCUUUGAGAAUUAAAGAACUAAAAGCACAAAUAUUGUAUCGCUUAGAGAAAUAUGAAGAAUGUUUUGCUGUAUAUAGAGAUAUUAUAAAGAAUUCACAUGAUGAUUAUGAAGAGGAAAGGGAAACAAAUCUUGCAGCUGUUCUUGGAAACUUGGCAACUGAAAACUCUGAUUUAGAAAUUCCUUCAUUACGUGAACAUACUUAUGAAUUAACAUAUAAUGCAGCUUAUCGUUUAUUGGCACAAAAAAGCAGAGAUGAUAAAACUAUUUUAACAGAAGCAGAAAAGAAAUUAAGAACUGCUGAGAAAAUGUGUAAAGAAGGUUUAGAGGAAGAUGGAGCACUGGAAGAGGAAAUUGAAAAUGAAUUAGGUGUAAUUCGAGUACAACUUGGCUACUGUCUACAAUUACAAGGUCGAGAAAAAGAAGCGCAAACAUUAUACACCGCUGCUUUAAAAGCUAAACCAGAUGAUAUUGCAUUAGUUGCUGUAGCUAGCAAUAAUUUAGUAUGUCUGAAUAAAGAUCAAAAUGUUUUUGAUAGUAAGAAACGAAUGAAAAGUGCCACUCACGAAAGUUUGGAGCACAAAUUAACUUCCAGGCAAAGAAGAAAUAUCGCAUACAAUCAGUGUUUAUUGGCAUUUUACACUGAUCAAGGGGAACAAUGUCAUCAACUGUGCAAUAAUCUUGCGAAAGAUUAUGCUGCGCUUGCAGCAGAUGCAAUGUUUAUAAAAGCUGUACAACUUAGUAAGGAAGGUAAACCGAAAGAAGCAGCGAAACUAUUGACCGAACAUGCUGUCGGUGAAAAGGAAUUGUCUAUGAAAUUGGCUAGUGUACAAGUACUUCUAAGUCAGGAUGAAAGAAAAGAUGCAAUCGCUAUUUUGGAGAAUUUAAACGAAAAAGACAAAUCGCUACCUGGAAUAGUCAGUGCACUCGUUACACUUCACAUGGCUGAUAACGAUCGAGAAAAAGCGUCGACUGUUUUAAAAAAUGCAGUUGCUUACUAUAAAAAGAACAAAUACAUCACUGAAAAUUUGGGAGAAUUAUGGCGACAAGCUGCCAAUUUUUAUUUACGUGGUGGGGAACUCAAGAUUGCUGCCGACAUUUUGCAAGAGUUAGUAGACGCUUCACCAUCCGACACCAAGACAUUAGCUCAAUUAGUGGUCGCUUACGUACAGUUCAGUCCCGCUAAAGCACAAUCACUAUCAAAAAGAUUACCACCGCUCCAUGAUCUCGCUGAAACUACUGACAUUGACGCAUUGGAAAGUAGCAAUUGGAUUAUCGGGACUAAAAUAGUAAAGAAGAAAAUCGAGCCUUCUCCUGGUAAACCAAUGUCCGAUGUAAUACAAAAGAAGCAUAAAAAACGUAAACGAAAGGGUAAACUGCCGAAGAACUAUGAUCCAAACGCCACGCCGGAUCCAGAACGAUGGUUGCCGAGACACGAGCGUAGUGGAUUCCGUAAAAAACGAGAUAGAAGAAAUAGAGAUACUACUAUGAAAGGAACACAGGGAGCUGCUACGGGAGCUAGCGAUCUCUAUGACAUCACUAAAAUGCCUGCAAACGCCAAGCCAUCGCCAAAUCCUCGUCAUAGUCCAGCAGUGGAAACUUCUGGACCACGUCAGCAGCAACGUAAAGUUCAACAGAAGAAAAAGAAAAAAGGUGGCAAAUGGUAACGAUUCUCGUAUCAUUCCAUCAAAUUCAUGUUCUUUUGAUAUAUAAAUUAGAUUGCAUAAUAUUACGUAACCCAUUGGAAAUAAAUUGUUAUUGAAGAAUACAAGCAAGGAAAAACAAUCAAAUGUAUUUGCUACCAUGUAGCUAUUUUAUGAAACGCAAGAUGUAAUACUGCCAUUAAAAAAUGAAUGAAAAAAAUAAUAUUGUACACACAUACACACACACACACGCACGCACACGCGCGCGCGCUCGCGCACACACACACACACAACGUGUGUAUUAUUAAAAUAUGUUUACAAUUUUCUUAUAUAGAUUUCUCAUCCACAAACCUUCAAUGAAUCUUAAUACAUUUGAAUGCACUUGUUUAUAAAUGGUAUUCUUACAUAUAUUUCAUUAUCAACGCCAUUUUUUUAUUUUGCAAAUGUUGUUUGUAAAAGUCAAAAAGAAAAAGUAUUUAUGUUGACUAUAUACAAAUACAAUAGACAAAAUUAAAUUUAGCUCUGGAAAAUAUUUUUAUUUCUUCUCUCUGAGAUUGCUUUGUCAACAUGUGACAUAUCAAUAAAUGUAUGCAACAUAUGUGUAUAUUGAUUAAAGAUAGCCGAUAUAUAUUUUUA